AUGCGGGCUGCUGUGUUGAAACAAGCGAGCAACCUGGUUGCGAGGGCCCCUUUUGCUCUCGACUCAUGUAGUCCGCCCAAUUGCAGACCUUACCACCGCCCCAUACGCCAAGAUGAAGCCUUGAAAAACGCACUCUCUGCAGUCCGCCACUCUUCGAGCUCUGAAGCGCGGGAGAAAAAACGAGCGGAAGACAGGGACUUUAUUGUAUCUGUCUUAGAAGCGUCAGCUACCCGUCGUGAUGCCAAAGGGUAUCUUCAAAAAUACGCCCCUCAGUUGGGUGAAGGCGACUCCAAGAAGCGCAAGACGAACGAGCUGCAAGGACCAGCUGACCAGACUUACUCAACCAUUCGUGUUGUCAAUCAGGCGCCAAAGUUCAUACAGGGUAACGAUUCCAAGUCCGAGAUCACCGUCCCCUUUGAUGAAAACACCAACUUGGCCAUUGUUAAAAUUCGUCUUCCGCAAGAUAUUGACGACGAAGUGCUGAGCGCAAUUGCCAAGACUUUGACCCAGCUUAGGAAGCUUGGCCUCGUGAGCCUCAUUGUUCUGGAUGGAGGGCCAACCUCAAGCCGGAAACUCGUCCGUGAACAGUCCUGGCGUAUUCAGCAAGCCGUUGACGUCUUUGGCGAGCCGGGCUGCAUUCUGCUCGACCAGUGCGUCGCCGAUGCUCAAUCAGCGACGGCUCAGACGGAGGGCUUUAUGCCGUCUAGUAUUUACGUCCAGCACCCUCAUCUUUUGCUACGAGCCUUGCGGGACAAUGCCAUUGCGAUAGUGCCCCCCGUCACAAUGGCGCACGACAUGAAGAGCAUUGACGUAGUUGAUGCCGACGAAACCAUUAUAGCGCUUACAAAGUAUUUUUGCGGGCUUCAGUUCAACACUUCUGAGCACCCAUCACCCGACUCCAGUCUUAGUCCAGGCCUCAGGGUUGCUUCGGUCGAGAAGGUCAUCAUUCUUGACCCGGCUGGGGGCACGCCUCUAUCUGAUGCACACGACGACUCUUGCCAUCGAUACAUCAAUCUCGAACAAGAAUUUGAGGGCAUCAUGUAUGGGCUCACGCAUCCUUCGGGGUCAGAGGCUCGGCGAGGCAAAGUACCAGAAGAAACACGACAGGUUCAUGCCCGUAAUCUUGACUUGUCGAGGAAGGUCCUUGCUAUGCUACCCUCGACGUCCUCCGCCAUCAUCAGCACCCCUUCUGCUGCUGCGAACAAACCCAUUGAGGAAUUCACCAGGGUUACAACGCGCAACAGACAGAAUCCCCUGAUCCAUAACCUUCUGACAGACAAACCCGUCUUCUCGUCAUCACUACCCCUUGAGCGGGUGCGGUCGGGGAAGAAGGCUGAUGCAGCGACCGGCGGGACACAUGUCGCAACCUUGCUCAAACGCGGCAUGCCUCUUACGGUAUACCCUGAUCCUACGAUCAGUGCCUGGUUGCCGCCUCGUCCGGGAGGCCCACGCCUGAGGCUCACAGACACAUGCAUAGACCUGCCACGACUGGCUCAUCUGAUCAAUGACUCUUUCAACCGUGAGCUGGACGUUCAGCAUUAUUUGGAGCGCGUCAACGAGAAUCUAGCUGGUGUCAUAAUUGCCGGGGAGUACGAAGGCGGAGCGAUACUGACGUGGGAGAGGCCGUUUGGGUUGGACGAGGAGACGGCGUACAAGACUGGACGCCUCGUUCCGUAUCUGGACAAAUUUGCGGUUCUCAAAAGCCGACAGGGUAGUGGCGGUGUUGCUGAUGUGGUUUUCAACGCCAUGGUGAGGGGCUGUUUCCCGGAGGGUGUCUGUUGGCGUAGUAGACAAGACAACCCUGUCAACAAGUGGUAUUUUGAACGGUCGCUGGGGACGUGGAAGCUGAAGGACACCAACUGGACCAUGUUCUGGACAACUCCUCAUCUGCCGCUGAGCGAUCCGAAAUUGCUGGACUAUGAGGAUGUUUGCCGCAACAUUGAGCCAUCGUGGGCGGACUUCAAGCCACCGGAUUAG